UUCUCUCCCUCUUGUGGGUGUCAUAAAAUAAGUAUUACGUCAGCUGAGCGGAGAUGCGUGCGUGACGAGCUGCAUGCAGCCAAUGUAGAUUCCACUCGAACUCCCAUGUAGCCUUGCGAAAAACUAACUACAUUUACCACAGUGCAAUCUGUACGCAUGCGCAAAAUGCUUAAAAAAUUACAGUCGAGCAAAAUUGACCGGCAACGGACUACAAUUUUUGCGGACAUGCGCAGUAAGACACCCAAGUCCUUUAAAUAUACUGUACGUGCAAAGAUGGCAGCUCAAGUCGACUUUCUCCGCGCAAAAGUAGAAGAAGAGAGAAUGAGGGACAGCUUUGAGAAGUUCAUAAAAGAAAAGAAGAAGAAGAAAAGGGACCUGUCGCCGUCCGCGGACAAGCGGGAGAGGCUCGAGAAGAAGGCGAAGCUCCAUCACCACCAGCACGCUGAGCUGGGAACCCAGCGCCCGCAUCAGCUCCAGCAAACCCCCAAACUGCACAACCUCAGCGCUGAUAACAAACACGUCCUGCACGUCCGCAGCCACCAGCACAGCAACGGCUUCACCAGCGGCGUGAAACGCAGCUCUGCGGGGAGCUUCAGCGCGCAGAAGAAGCCCGUUCAGCCACCUGAUCUGUUCACGUUCACGCCCCUCACCGUGGUCCAGGCCGGGCCGCAGCCAUUCACGGAGAAGCGCCGGGAGAAGGAGCUGAAGCCGAGGAAGGAGAACGUCACACAUGUGCAGCUCAAGAAGAAAACCUGCAUGGUUUCAGAGCCAAGAGCCCACCAGGAGAACGGCAAGUCUCUGACACUGGAAGAGUAUCUCCUGAAGAAGAAAAAAAAGAAGAAGAGGAAGCACCGCGAGGAAGAUCACAGACCCAAGAAGAUCCGGCAUGUGCACCACAGAGCAGUUCAGACCGUCUGCGCAGGUCUGGAUGUUGGGAAGGCUUCUCUGGCUGAUUCCACGAAGCAGGAAAGCUGCCGCCGCCGCCACCACCAUCACCCCUGCAGAGAUCCACCCUACCCACAUGCUCCAAAAUGGUGCCACGCCCCCUUUCUCUCCCAUCAAGAGCACUUCAUCCGCAGCUCUUGCCUCCAGACGGGUACCAGGUACGGGCGCUUCAUGCACGAGGAGAGGCAGCCCAACGGUGGCGGGGCGGUGCUGCACGCCUACGCCGACGAGCUGGCCCGCCUCAGUCCCAGCGAGAUGGAGGGAUUUGCCAAGGAGUUCCUGGAGUUGGCCUUCGCCGAGAAGCCCAAGGGCGCCGCAGCCUACGCCCUGUCAGUGGUGCACAGGGCGGCUGCCUACCUGCCCGACUUUCUGGACUACUUCGCCUUCAACUUCCCCAACACGCCGGUCAAAGUGGAGAUACUGGGCAAGAAAGACAUCGAAACCACUACGAUAGGCAACUUUCACUCUCAGGUGAGUCGGACCUACUGUGCGGGAACGUACCGGGCCGGACCCAUGAGGCAGAUCAGCCUGGUGGGAGCCGUGGACGAGGAGGUUGGAGACUAUUUUCCAGAGUUUCUAGACAUGCUCGAGGAAUCACCGUUUCUCAAGAGGACGCUGCCGUGGGGAACCCUCUCCAGCCUGAAGCUGGACUGCCGCUCUCAGAGUGACGAUGGACCCAUCAUGUGGGUGCGACCGGGAGAGCAGAUGGUCCCCACCGCCGACAUGCCCAAGUCUCCAUUUAAGCGGCGCAGGUCUAUGAACGAGAUCAAAAACCUGCACUUCCUGCCGAGGACCAGCGAGCCCAGAGAGGUUCUGUUCGAGGACCGGACGAAGGCCCACGCCGAUCACGUGGGCCAAAGCUUUGACUGGCAGAGCACGGCGGCCGUGGGCGUCCUGAAGGCGGUGCACUUUGGAAACGGGGACGCCAAACCCCGGAUCACCAAGGACGUGGUUUGCUUUGACGCGGGGGAUUUCACGGAGGUGGUGCAGAGGCUGCAGCUGGAUCUGUAUGAACCUCCGGUCUCUCAGUGUGUCCAGUGGGUGGAUGACGCCAAACUCAACCAGCUGAGACGAGAGGGCAUCCGCUACAUCCGGGCGCAGCUCUGCGACGACGACAUCUACUUCAUCCCCAGGAACGUCAUCCAUCAGUUCAAGACCGUGUCCGCCGUCUGCAGCCUGGCGUGGCACAUCCGCCUCAAACAGUACCGCUCCGAAGACGCCGACAAGAGGGAGGAGCCGCUGCUCCCCAGCGACCCCAGCCCCACCUCCGGCCGCGUCUCCUUCUCCUCGCCGGCAAGGCCCUACUCCUCCCUAACCCCAUGUGGGAGGCCCCAGGCGGACGCCAUCCGGGGCGGCGUGGCAAAGACGGAGGAGCCGGAGUUCCAGAGGCCAACCACACCCACCAGGGAGCCUCAGCCAGCCCCCCCGCAGCCCACCAAGUCUGCCCAUCCUCCUGCCACGUACCCGGACCCCCACCCCUUUCUGGCCUCCACGCCCUCAAAGGAGGCCUCCCUUCCAAAGCGUGUUGACCAAACAACAGAGUUCCCAAAGUGACGCCUCCCGACACCCCCCAACCAGCUCCCACAUGGGGUUUGAACCUUAAACUGACAUUUGGUCAAACUAAAUUAUUGGUCAAAGUUUUGUGACCUUUAAUGUCUCUGGUUGCUCUUAUUUUCAUUUUUUUACUGUUUAAAGCUAAAUAAUAUAUAUUUUGUUAUUUCAUAUUCCCCACCAUGUCUUAUUUAAAGCUUUUGUGUGUUUUGUUCCUUUGAUAUUGUCCUGACAUUUGAGCAGCCUUGGUGUUUUCAAAGGCUCGUACACUAGGGGGCGAUCUCAGCGAGGAAACAGGAUCUGACCUGCAGACACUUCACGUUGGCUUCUUUCUGUGUAGCCUUAGACAUGUGAACAUUGAUCAGUCUAUUCAUCAGGGAGGAAUCUUUGAGACAGAACCACUGACUGUAUAUGAGAACUGGACUGAGUAACCCCUCCCGAAGCCAAAAUCCUGUAAACGUCUGUAGAGAAAUAAAUAGCUCUUACUCAGUCAUUGUAUUCUUUGGAGUAACCUUUUUUUUAACCCUUGUGCUAUCCUAGACACUUUACCGUUGGGAGUUGGGUCAUCUAGACCCACUAGACAGUGCUCUGAACCUUUUUUCUUCAA